AUGGACAGAUCUAGCAAUCAUAUGUGGUGUGACUGCAAUGAUAGCCAUCUAACACCUUCAAUUCCACAAAAAUAUCAUCAUGGAGUCUUUGAUGUCAUUCACAACUUGUCUCACCCUGGCAUCAAACUCACAAUGAAACUUGUGACAAGCAAGCUGGUCUGGCAUGAGCUUAAAAAAGACUACUGCUUGUGGCAUGCUCCUGCAUCUUGCGCCAGGAAACCAAAGUUACAUGCAAUGAUUUGUGAUUUUCUUCUCCUGAUGGCACGUUUUGCAUACAUAUGGCAAAAGGCUGUACCAUUUGCAGAUAUCACAGCUGAACCCACUGCUAAGGCACUUGUGGGUGCCUGGCUUUCUUGCCAUGAUAUUCCUCUUGCAAUACCUAUGGUCAUCGGCCCUCAGUUUGAGGGUUCUCUGUUCAGUGAGCUACGUAAUGUUUGUGACAAUCAUAACACUCAUACCACAAGCUCUUUGAUUGCCAGUAAUGGCACAGUGGAGCUCAUGCCCCACUCCCUGAAAUCUAUUCUCAUGUGCCACAAAAAUGCUUGGAUUGAUUCGUUGCCAUGGGCUCUGUUCAGUCUAUGCAUGGCCAUAAAGUAUGAUUUGUCUUGCUUGGUGGCACAAUUGGUAUUUAGUGAACAGCCUUGGGAUCCUGGUGGCUUUAUCAUGCCAACACUCCAUACAGCUCAGUCGUCCUGUGACCACAUAAGUUUUCUACAAAAACAUGAGUUUCUCAUAAAAGAACUUCAGCCACAUAACCCACAAUACUGUGGACAAUGUUAUCCUUUCAUUGUCAAAGAUUUGGAAAUUGCAACACAUGUUUGUCUGUUACGAUGA